UCCUUAGUGUUUAUUUAUUUAUUUUUGAAAAAGUCAUAUUGGGCUUUGUAUAGCGCCAUCCAAUCAAAAUAAAAGGAUAAUCAAGUGCUCGCGAAAUCCACCAAUCAAAUGCUUUGUUUGGUAAUCGCUCACCUGCCCGUGGAGAAUGGCGUCAGUUGGCGAGCCUACACAUUCCAAGAGGCCACAUGCAGUUACUGAGAGAUUAAAAGAAUUCCUGAACACCCCGUCCCCCACCAAACAGAAGAGUUGCCCUGUCCCGGGGUGUUCCAAAGUCCUGAGUAGUGACCCUGGGCUCAGGUAUCACAUACAGGCUCAUCACACUGACCACAGGGACUUUGUCUGUAACAGCUGUCAUAGGACCUUCAAAAGUUCGAAUGGCUUGAAGUAUCACCUGAAAAAAAGAGCAGGCCGCUGCCAAGAGAAUGUGAUGGAGAUACCAGAAAAUGAGGUCAACGUUGACCAGAAUCGUGUCAAAUCAGUCCCAGAACCUCUGGAUUUGAUUGGUGAUACCAGUACGUCCAUUCUACCGUCCUUCUCAAACAUGAACCAGAAUGAGGCUGACAGUAGACUUAUAGAGUUUGCUAAGAUUGCCACUAGCCCCCAAAGUCCUUUAAUGCAAUCAGCUCCCCCUAAAGUGUGGGAAAAAAACCCUGCAGUCAGACACAUUAAAUUCCCAGAAAAAGCAAGUUCUACAACUGUGGCAAGUCAGACAUCUAGAGAUGACAAUGGGAAUUAUUGUGAUGAUGGCAGUGAUCCUAAAGUCACGUCCUCCUCGCCAUUCUCAGGGGGUCUCAGUCAGAAUUCAAACUUGGAGGAAACGUGGUCUCAUAGCUGGCCAAAGGCUGUGUGGCAGUGCUUCAUUAAAGACACAAGAAUCCAUUUUGUGGACAGUAGUGACAGACAGGAAGUAGAAACCUCACAAUGGCUGACUGUGGAGAACCUAGCCAAACAGGAAACCAUAGCAACGCAGGCAGCAGGAUCUGACAGGAAAUUGAACCAAAGCUAUGGUUGUAAUGGGCUACGUCUUUGUGUCAUCAACAAAAUGACUGAAGAAGUUGACACUAAAAGACUACAUCUGUUAUUCAGUCCUGAUAUUGUAGGACAGCCCUCUCUUUGGGCUGAUUGCACAGAAGACCAUCCAUUCUUUGUGAAAGACAAAGGAUGGUCUUCAUGCAACCCUUUGUUGACUCAUGAUAAUUUCGGGAUUCCAAGUAAUGUCCUUGAGGAGAAUGACUUGUGUCUUCCCCCAGACCAUCCAAAGGCUUGUCUGUCUGAUGAAGUGUUUCACACCUCAAAACGGUAUGAUUUAACCCCACAAGAUCAGUCAGCUGUUUUUGCUCUGAGCCAUAUGGCCAAGCAAAAACGGGACUCGGAUUCUACAUCUAGUCCCCAUUCUGGUUCUGGUUCACCGACCAAAAAGCGGCCAAUCAAAGAAGAGGAGGGAAAGAAACCCAAGAGGCCAAUGAAUGCAUUCCUUCUAUUUGCUCAAAGGCACCGACUGAACUUGACCCAGGACUACCCAGGGAAAGACAAUCGUGCUAUCAGUAUAAUCCUUGGAGACAAGUGGAAGAACAUGAAAGAAGAAGAAAAGAUGGUGUAUGAAGAAGAGGCCAGGGUGCUUGCAGAAAAACAAAAGCAGAAGCAUCCAAACUGUUGGAAGAGAAAAAAAUAGAAAGAUCUUUAACUCAAUUUACAUCGAUCUCAUUAAAAACAAAAACCUGGACCACUGCCAAAUCCUGUGCUAUACACAUAUAAUUUAUAUUUUGUAUGUAUUUUAUGUCUUAUACAUGUACAUGUAUACUUUUACUAAAGGAUAGUUGCAAUUUGCUGUUUAAAAGCUUGAUUUUUCUUUAUUGGUCACAAUUUAUUUAUUUCUUCAAGUGCUCACAUUGUUUAAUGCCAUUCUUAUUAACAAAAUGACUCACAGAUAACAUUAAAAUGUAAUAUGCCAAUGUGUAUUUGAUCAUACAUAUUUUUACAAUUAAAUAGGUGCAAAUUGAAGCAAUGUAAAAUAUUGUAUUGUUUACCUCCCUGCUUUCAGGAAGACAGACAUUAAAAUAAUGUAGUGCUUAUAAUUGAUUUCAGUAAUAAUAUCAGUGGGAUGUGAUUUCAAGACACAUUGCAAAAUAAGAUAUUUGAAAGCAAAUAACAAGCCCAGAUAUAAUUUGAUGUUUAAAGUUAUAAGUUUUUUUUUUUCCAAUAAAUCCUGUAAAUUCUAUUUAUCACUUUUUUCCUGCUUCAAUAAUUUUUUCU